AUGUCGUACCGGAAUUGUAUCAUCAUAGUGGCGCUGGCGCUGACGCUGGCCGCUACCUUCGUGUCUGCCAAGCCUAAGAGCAUGACGCUUCCUAUAGCAAUUAACAAAGCCGUUUGCAGGACAGUGGUGGAAAUUGACGAGGACCUGGACAGAAUCCCAAAAACGAUUAAAGUCAUCAAGUGCGCCGCGGACCCAUAUGAGAUGUGCCCGGCCGCCAAAGGCUUGCGCAUGCGCUGCUGCGGCGCCUUCCCACUGGCCAGCGGCGCGCAGUUCUCAUGCACCGAAGUUCAGGACUCCGUGCUGGUGAUGAAAGCCAAAUCGUUCCGCCCCUACGUCAUCAACGUGUCCGUCGGCUGCUCCUGCAUCAGGCACAGCGUCAGCACCGCCGCCGAGUCACAGUGA